AUGGGUCCCUGUACGGCCUCCCAUUGCUGCUGUCUCCAUCGCCACACUCUGCCAUGUGCCACUUUCAGGUCUCCUCACACUCCUGCUGGUUUCCAUUUUGUCAUAGGUUGCUGGCAGAUUACAGGCCUCCCAUAGGUGCUGCCAGGCCCCAAAUCUGCCAUGGGCCCCGUACCGCCUGGUCUCGCUGCUGCUGGGUCCACAGUGUGACAUGGGUCCCUGUACCGCCUCCCAUUGCUCCCACUCUGCCAUGUGCCACUUUGAGGUCUCCUCAC